UGGGAGAGAAAUGAGCACUCAGCAGAGUCCUCCAGCUGCUUCCAGCUAUCCUUUCUCUGCUCCGGUGACAGCAGCACAGGUGCAGGGAAGAAACCUGGAGGCUCUCCCAGGGUGCCUGAGAACUCCAAGAAGAUCAGAGCAACUGCAGGAGGAGAUGAAUGAGGUUGUUGCUCAAUAGUCUUCCAGGGACAAAGACAAGGUGACUCACUGCUCAGAAGGAAACCUUGGAUGAGGUCUCAUGCCCUGCCACAGUGGGUAACUCUAACACAACACCAAGGGCCCUCCAAGACACAUGUGUCACAAGAAAACAGACAUGGCCACAGAGCGAGCUGAACGUAACCCCAACGCCUCCACCCACCUCAGCUUGGCUGCAAUUUACAACCUCCACGAUGGAGAUUUCAGCUCCUUGCGGAACUUCUCCUUCCCUUUCAAUUUCACUUACAGUGACUACGACCUGCCCCUGGACAGUGAAGACGACAUGACCAAAACCCGCACCUUCUUUGCGGCCAAGAUCGUGAUCGGGGUGGCCCUGGUUGGCAUGAUGUUGGUCUGCGGCAUCGGCAACCUCAUCUUCAUUGCUGCCCUCGUCCGCUACAAGAAGCUGCGGAACCUCACCAACCUGCUGAUUGCCAACCUGGCAAUCUCAGACUUCAUCGUGGCCAUCGUGUGCUGCCCCUUCAAGAUGGACUAUUACGUGGUGCGGCAGCUGUCCUGGGAGCACGGCCACAUCCUCUGCGCCUUGGUCAACUACCUACGGACUGUCUCCCUUUAUGUUUCCACCAAUGCUCUCCUGGCUAUAGCUGUUGACAGGUAUCUGGCCAUUGUUCACCCACUAAAACCACGCAUGAAUUACCAAACAGCAACCUUCCUCAUCGCCUCGGUCUGGAUUGUCUCCAUACUUGUAGCUAUCCCAUCUGCAUACUUUGCUACUGAAACGGUGUUAUUUAUAGUGAAAAACCAGGAGAAAAUUUUCUGUGGCCAAAUUUGGCCAGUUGACCAGCAAAUAUACUACAAAUCGUACUUCCUCUUCAUCUUUGGCAUUGAAUUCGUGGCACCCGUGAUCACAAUGACUUUGUGUUAUGCCAGGAUCUCUCAGGAGCUUUGGUUUAAAGCCGUCCCAGGAUUCCAGACAGAACAGAUCCGAAAAAGGCUUCGACGCAGAAGGAAAACUGUUAUGGUCCUGAUGUGCAUCCUGACUGCCUAUGUUCUCUGCUGGUCACCUUUCUAUGGCUUCGCAAUUGUCCGGGACUUCUUCCCCACCAUCAUCGUGAAAGAGAAGCAUUAUCUCACUGCCUUUUACAUAGUUGAGUGCAUUGCCAUGAGUAACAGCAUGAUAAACACCAUGUGUUUUGUAACUGUGAAAAACAACACCAUGAAGUACUUCAAGAAGAUCAUGUUGCUCAGAUGGAGAUCAACGGAUAAUGGAAGCAAAUCCAGCACAGAUUUGGACCUGAGAACAAGUGCAAUGCCAGUCACAGAGGAAGUAGACUGCAUAAAACUGAAAUAAAUUUUCUGCAGUUCAAAUCUUAUCUGUUUUGGAGAGGGGGUUAAAGAGGAAAUAAUGUCUCCUCAGAAGCUUCUCCCUUGUCUGUGGGAAUACCCACUAUUGGUGAGAUCCCUCAAAAAGCAGCCUGCAUUCCCACCAGAACUCUUCUCAGUGGACUUCUAGAUAAUACCCCUAACUCUGCGUCUUACAACAUCCCUAAGACUGAUGCUGGGCUUCAGGUCACUCAUCUGUAAAUUUGAGAUGUAGACACUCAUUUUAGAGUUAAGAAGAACAAUAAAGUCUAUGAAUGCAUUAGACCGUAAUACAACAAGGGAAGAGUUGAGUGCUGAUCCCAGCAGUGACGCCUCUCUUAAGAGAAACCUCUUAAACCCUUUGAUCUUAUCAC